AGAUGAGCAUUUACAAUUCAAAGUUGUUUAGAUUCGAUCGAAAAGUAUAUCUCGGUUGUUGUCUUCAUCGCUGUCGUGUCGGUCGUCGAUGUUUAUACGUAAAGUCGCCGUGUAUAGUUUACAUUUUUCAAAUUGUUUUGUUUUAUAAAACAUCAAUUUGUUAUUUUGUUUUUAUUUACAUAUGUUUUUUUUUUUUUUAAAUUUGUAACAAUUAAAGUGAAUAUAAUUUCUAGUUAAUAAAAAAAAUUAUGGUCUAUGAAACAUCAUAUGACACAGGCUUAAAACCUUUUAAUCAUGAUAAAAAUCGUGGUAAAUGGGCAUCGCCGGAUGAUUUUUUCUUUGCAUGCCUCGGACAUGCAUUUAAAAUUGAUGCUGUUUUCAUCUUACCAUCGGUUUUAUUCUUCGACCUUGGAAUAUACACUCUGAUUCCCUACUUUAUAACAUUGGGUGCAUGUGUUGUACCAAUUGUAUUCAUGCAAUCAUUUCUGGGUCAAUUCUCAAGCACUGGAUUUAUAUCGGUCUUUCGUGUUUCGCCGAUUUUCAAAGGUAUUGGUUAUGUUUCGCUGGUUAUCAAUUUAAUUUCCUUAACCUAUUACGCUGUUCUUGGAGCUAUACCAUUGUUCUUUUUCCUCCACACUCUGAAACCAACAAUUCCAUGGAGCUGUGAAGGUGCCAAAAGUUGGAUGGAUAUAAAAGCCAAUUCUUCAUCAAUCUGCACUUAUAACAAUGAAACCUAUGGAAAUUACACUGAACUGGAGGUACCCUCUGUUGAGUAUUUCGAUAAGGAACUCAAUACAAUGGGAUUGUAUCACAGGACCCAUCCAGAAGGAAAAUUUUCAUGGUUCUUAAUGAUAUGCUCAUUUUUGAUAUGGGGCAUGGUUGCCAUCGUAGCUUUAAAGCCUAUUGAAAUCAUAGGAAAGUUUCUAAGGUAUUCCUGUUUAACAGUUUUGGGCAUUAUGGGACUAUGUUUGUUACGUUUACUUUUUCUACCGGGAGCCUUAGACGGCUUAAAAGAUGUCUUCAAUCCGUCUUUUUUUAUGCCAGAAUCUAUAAUGAUGGUACCUUUUUUGGCUUUUUCGGCCCUUGGACCUGGAUGGGGCUCGGUAUUGACAAUGGCCAGUUAUAAUAAAUUUGAUACAAACAUAUUUAGAUACAGUUGGUUGCUAUGUUUGGCCCAAGUUGGAAUGAUGAUGGGGGUAGGAUUUUUGUCACUUUUAGUGAUGAAUUAUAUUGCAAGAAUGGAUCCGGAUAAUAUUGGCUUGAAAUAUAUUCAUUCACAAUGGAUGGAGUUUUUGACCAUACCAACUGCUCUUACGUACAUGGAACUACCACAUAUUUGGUCUUUAUUAUUUUUUGGAAUGUUAAUUCUUGGAAGUUUGAAUCUUUUGAUAACUCAACUUAUUUCAAUUCUAACGUCUGUUUUCGAUGAGUUUGAACUUCUUCGAGGUUUGAAAAAGGAGGUCACUUUGGGAACUAUGGGAUUUAUGGCUCUAACUUCGAUUUUCUAUUGUUCAAAUUAUGGAAUAACAAUUUUUGAGACCCUAGCACAAAUUUCAAUCCUAACUCAGAUGAUCCUUAAUUUACUGCUGCUGAUUGUGAUAGUGUGGAUUUAUGGACGUGAACGAUUCCAAAGAGAUGUUAGUUUUAUGACAGAUCAAACAUAUUCCACAUGGAUGGUUAAUAUUGUGAGAUAUGUUGCACCAUUGUUUAUAUUUAUAGCUUGGCUCGCAGCUCUUGCAUUUGUUUUAAUUCAUUUACAAAAACUUGAUUCUAGAGCUAUAAUCUUUCUUCUUGCUGUGAUUGCAGCUUUUCCAUUAUUACUUAUUCCUGGCUAUAGCUUAUUUAGAAUAUAUCAAACAACUGGUUUGGUUGGCAUGCGAAUGAGAAGAUGUGCCAGACCAACAGAUUGGUAUCCAGUUGAUCCAAGUGAUAGACAAAGAUAUGAAGAGAGAUUCAAUGAAGGGGAAAUUUCGCAUAAUCUUUUUACAGAGACAGAUGAAUAAAUUUACUUAAUAAAAUA